AAAAUGGUGUGCUGUUUGUCUCCACUCAUUAUGGGAGUUAUACUCGACCAAACAACGUGUAUAAGGUGUCCUUGGAUAGACUUUGAAGUCUAUUUUCAUAAUUGAGUGGUCUCUGUUCUAGAGGAGAGAGUAAUCAUCCAAAAAUCGAUCUGGAGCGAGCAGUGGUCUGUAAACUCGAGCUCUGAGAGUGCUGAAACUGUUUGGUGGAUAUCUCGAGUUAUACCAAUCCAAUUAAGGCGUGUGAGAUACCAAAAGAAAGAUCUCAAGACGAGGAAUCCGAGAAGGUCUGUUUUGCAUCAAUCGGAGUAGUGGAAGGCUUCCAAAUCGUCCGAGCAAAACACAACCUCGCAGAAACGGAUCUACUCUUCUAAAGAAACGUGUUCACCGGAAAACACCCAUUCUAGGGGCUGUUUUCGUACCAACGUUUAGGGGUUGAGCUAGCGCUUUGAAGAGGCUGUUUAACACCCAUAUUUGAGCAAGGAAUCAGUUCCAAAUCCACCUUGACCAAAGUCUUGACCAUUGGACCAAGAAGGGAUAGUUUAAAGCUCAAUUGAGACUGCGCACCCUUCCGCUCGGACGAAGGUCUCCGCCUGCUCUUGCCGACCCUUGCUGCACCACCGAAGAAUGUCACAGCUCGGCGCCUCCACCAGACCGACGCAGCCCGACUUUUGAGUUGUGAAUCUUAUAUUCUAAGUUAUGAUAUCGAUGCAUGGAUUCUAAUUGUAGAAGUAUUAACUUAUUGUUGCAGGCCUGGGUGACUAGGGGAUUACUUAAGUUGGACAGCUCUGAUUGUGGGAGAGAAAAAGACUGCAAACUAUUGGAAUCCAAUACUCCUCAGGUUGUAUGUGCUAAAUACACAUUGCUACUGUGUAUAUGGUAAAUACUCCUCAGCCUAGAUUCACUGCUUGCCAAUUAUGCUUUUCAAAUUGGCGGGAAUUUCACCUCCUAGAAAAAUGUAGCAACUUUGGUACUUCAGUCGUAGUAUAAUAUACUACUAUAAGGAUUCUGUUUUAAUGCAAUUCUCGAAAGAAGAAAAACCCUUGAUGUGAUCUAUGAAUUUCUUGCUCCCCUGUCAUGCCAAGCUCAAGAGGAUGCAUAUAAAAUUAAUAGAAAAUCACUUCUUUCUCAGAGCUAUGACGAUUUUAUGAGGGGUGCCACCUCCAGUUCUUCGGGCAGCCUGCGGGCUGCUCUCUCCUAUUGUGUGCAGCAAGUACGUAACUAUGACUACCAUCACUACCUGUGCCUUCUCGAACUCCCUCCAACCAUGAGAAAAGCUGCAUUUGCUCUACGUGCAUUCAACAUAGAGACAUCCCGAGCUGUAGAUGUUUCCUCUGACCCUAAAAUCGGUCUCAUGCGCCUUUUAUGGUGGCAAGAAGCUCUUGGUAGCCUCUACACCAACAAACCAGUCGAGCAUCCAGUGGCCCAAGCACUUGCUUCUGUUUUGAUUUCUGAAAAUAAUGGUGAAGAGAACAGAUCUAAAAUCAGCAAGAACUGGCUGAAGCGGUCUGUUGAAGCUCGGAUUAAAGAUGCUAGAAGAGAGCUGUCUGACUCCUCACCAACAACAACCGUUGAAGAGUUGGAGAGAUAUGCGGAAGACACUGCCUCAACCAUUCUAUACUCCACCCUUCAAGCGGGUGGCAUUACAUCAACUGCAGCUGAUCACGCGGCAUCACACAUCGGAAAGGCAAAUGGCCUUCUAUUGCUGCUAACAUCUUUACCUUAUCAUGCAAGAAGAAACCGACUUUCUUUAUAUGUUCCCUCUGAUGUGGCCAUUUCUGAUGCGGUGUAUGACAUGGCAUCAGUUGCCAAUGCACAUCUGGACAAAGCUCGUGAUUUGAGAGGAAGUGUGCCUGUUGAAGCUCAUCCAGUGCUUCUACCUGCAGUUUCUGCCCAGUUUAUGUUAGAAUCUUUAAGACGUGUGCAGUUUGAUGUGUUUGAUCCACGGCUAAGGCGGGGGAUUUUAGGGGCCCCACCUCUGCUAUUCCAAUUGAAACUGAAAUGGUAUUCAUGGAGAGGAAAAUACUGAGAUGAGGACUUGCUCAUAGCUGCGGGAGGAAACCUCACAGCCAUGAUCUUCAUACCUGCUUCCUGAAUGGUUCAAAAUAUACACUGCCUGCAAGGUGCUGUUCUACAAAGCGAAACUAAGCACAUAACAACAGAAACACAGAAGGUUAGCCUAGCUGCAGGCCUGCAGCCUUAGCCUAAUACUUCCCCUUGGGCCAGAUUGCUCAAGGAGAAUGUGAGAAAAUCCAUAUAAACUUAAAUCGGCUACCUUAUAGCAAUAUAGGCCUAAACAAUGUUAAGGAUAAUGUUUUACUGGUCGAGCUUGAUCAAAUCAAUGAGGAGCUUGAAGUAACUAUUACAGGAUUCUUCCUUGAUUCGUUCUGACUGGUAAAGGCAUUGUUUGGUAUGUGGUAAAAUUUUACUAAUUCAUCCCUUUCUAUUUUAGCAUGCGGUGUUAUCAAUUUUCCAGAGCUAACUCAGGUAUAACAUCUCAAGAAGCCUAUGUUGAUUACAGUAAAGUGAUUGUGCACUUUUCACUUUGAUGAUGGCACUGGUCAUGCUUUUGUUGCUAGUGCCGAGGUCUUGAGGACUGUGUUGUCCGUCAUCCAAAUUAAUUAAAUAGAGUUAAUGUAUCAUUUUCUGGAUAUGUGCUUAAAGUUUCAAGCUCAUGGUAAUUAAUAGGGCUGACAUUUUAAACCCAAAAACCGAAAGCCGAAUCGAAAAUAAUUGAACCGCAUUGAAAAAAACCCGAACAAGAUUGAACCGACAAAUUUCUUUAUAAUUUGCAGGUUGAAGGCAAAACAUAUACUGCGUAUAAAUUGAAGUAAACAAUGAUUCAAGUAAAAAGAGAAGAUGAGAUUGUAGUACUUGAUCAUUGUAUACCACUUUUUAACAAUAUUUCAUGUGUAAUUAAUCUUUAAUUUAACUAUACUUGUCACAUUUCAUUGUCUUUUUAAUGGUGUACUGCCAUAUUUUAACCCAUAG